GCAAUGGAUAGAAGGAAUCAGUCGACAGUAUCAGAGUUUGUGCUCCUGGGACUCACUAAUUCAUGGGAGAUCCAACUUCUCCUUUCUGUUUUCUCUUUUUUGUUCUACUUGGCAAGCAUGAUGGGAAACCUUGUCAUUGUGUUCACUGUAACCUUGGAUGCUCAUUUGCACUUCCCUAUGUAUUUCCUCCUGGCUAACCUCUCAGUCAUUGAUAUGUUGUUUUGCUCAAUCAUAGCCCCUAAAAUGAUUUGUGAUAUUUUCAAGAAGCGCAAAUCCAUCUCUUUCUGUGGAUGCUUUACCCAGAUCUUCUUUAGCCAUGCUGUCGGGGGCACUGAGAUGGUGCUGCUUAUAGCUAUGGCCUUUGACAGAUAUGUGGCCAUAUGUAAGCCUCUGCACUACUUGACCGUCAUGAGUCCCAGGAUGUGUCUAUAUUUUGUAGUCACUUCCUGGGUCAUUGGCUUCAUCCAUUCAUUGAUUCAAGUAGUUUUUGUGGUAGACUUGCCUUUUUGUGGCCCUAACGUGUUGGACAGUUUUUAUUGUGACCUUCCCCGGCUCCUCAGACUUGCCUGCACAAACACCCAAGAACUGGAGUUCAUGGUUACUGUGAAUAGUGGGCUCAUUUCUGUGGGCUCCUUUAUCGUGCUGGUCAUUUCAUACAUCUUCAUUUUGUUUACUGUUUGGAAACAUUCCUCUGGUGGCUCAUCCAAGGCUAUCUCUACACUGUCAGCUCAUAUCACUGUGGUAGUUUUGUUCUUUGGGCCACUGAUGUUUUUCUACACAUGGCCUUCUCCCACAUCCAACCUGGAUAAGUAUCUUGCUAUUUUUGAUGCAUUUAUCACUCCUUUUCUGAAUCCAGUCAUCUAUACAUUCAGGAACAAAGAGAUGAAAGCGGCAAUGAGGAGAUUGUGCAGUCAUGUUGUGCAUUACUGGAAGAUCUCGUGA